AUGCCGGUAAGACUGCAGUGGGGCCGACUUUUGGGCAGCGGUCAUUUGCGGAGGACGUGCGUCCCGCUGGUCUGCAACGGUCAGAGUCAACAGGUCAGACGUCGCACCGAGUCCAAAGUGGUCCGUUCGCCGUUUUCCGACGUUCAGAUCCCGGAAAAUUUGAUAGACGAAUACGUGUGGAGCGGCCUGGAGAGGUGGCCAGACAAAGACGCACUGGUGUGCGGAGUGACCAACAAGAAAUUCACAUACCACGAGACGAGGUUGGCGUGCAAGAGAUUUGCGGCCAGCCUGAAGAAGAGAGGUGCUACGACGGGCCAAGUAUUGGCCGUGCUCUUGCCAAACGUUCCAGAGUUCGCCUUGACCGCUCUGGGUGCCAUCGAAGCUGGUCUGGUCGUGACCACGAUCAAUCCCGUCUACACGUCAUUCGAGAUCGCCCACCAGUUUAAGGACUCCGGUGCAGUCGGGGUGGUGACGAUUCCUGAGUUGUUGCCCAAAGUUUUCGAAGCACAGAAGCUGAUGGACGGGCCCGGCGUGAAACCGCUGUACGUCAUAUCCGUAAACGGCAAAGGCGAGAGACCCAGCGGCGCAUGGGACUUUGACGAGAUGCUCGAUCCGAUGGUGGACACUUCCGUUCUGAAAAAGUGCCGAUCGAAUGUCGACGUGGCCUUUAUGCCGUACUCGAGCGGCACGACCGGUCUGUCCAAAGGCGUGUCGCUGUCGCACCGGAACCUCGUGGCCAACAUCACGCAGACGAACCAUCCGGAAGUCAAUCACUUUUCGGACACGACAGCGACUUAUCAAGAUGUGUUGCCGGCUAUUUUACCCUUUUACCAUAUUUAUGUACCACCAAUAGUGCUGUUGUUGGGUCAGAAUAAAAACGUCACACAUGAACACUUUCAAAGUUUGAAACUUAUUUGUAAUGGUGCUGGUCCUGUGAAAGAAGCAGAUGCCGAAAAAGUACUUGCCAGAACCCAAAACAAAAAUGUACGUUUUUGUCAAGCGUACGGAAUGACAGAAUCAUCGCCAGCCGUGUUCGUGUCCAGAAAUUCUUCUCUGGUCGAUUAUUUGACCGUCGGUCCACCCAUAUCGAACACCAAGGCCAAAGUCGUCGAUCCCACGGACGACACAGUUGAAUUCGGUCCGGGCGAGGUCGGAGAGAUUCAGGUCAACGGGCCACAGGUGAUGAUGGGUUACCACAACAACCCCGAAGCCACGGCCAACACUGUAAGUCGGGACGGAUGGCUGAGAACUGGUGACAUCGGUUACUAUAACGAUCAAAAAGAAUUCUUCAUAGUCGAUCGCAUUAAGGAGUUGAUCAAAGUCCAAGGAUACCAGGUGCCACCGGCCGAGCUGGAAGGACUUCUCAGGACCCACCCGGCCGUGCUGGACGCGGCCGUCAUUGGCGUGCCACACGACAGGACAGGCGAGGCGCCGCUGGCGUACGUCGUGCUCGACCCGGACAGGCCGGCCGCCAGCGAGGCGGAAGUGAAGGCGUUCGUGGCGGAACGAGUGGCGCCGUACAAGCAGAUCUCCGCUGGCGUGCGGUUCGUCGGAUCGCUGCCGAAGAGCGCGGCCGGCAAGAUCUUGCGGCGGGUACUCAAGGAAGAGUACGAAAAAACCGGAGGCGCCAAGUGA